ACCGAUCCCACCCCCUACUCCUCAACUCUGGGUCUUCCCUCGUUCCCAGAUACACCGGAGGUUGGGCCCAGGAGAAAAGGCCAGGAUCGAGACAGCGUCCCAGUGCCCUGUUGCUCAAAGAGGGGUCUGCAGACCAACGGCAGCAGCUCACUGUACUAGAAAUGCAGAAUCUUGGGCCUCACCCCAGAACUGCUGAAUCAGAGUCAGCGUUUUAACAAGAUUCUCAGGAUAUCCCUGGUGAUCUUGGAAGAGUCUGUGUCAUGGAAUCUAUCUCGAUGAUGGGAAGCCCUAAGAGCCUUAGUGAUACUUUUUUGCCUAAUGGCAUAAAUAGUAUCAAAGAUGCAAGGAAGGUCACUGUAGGUGUCAUUGGAAGCGGGGAUUUUGCCAAAUCCCUGACCAUUCGACUUAUUAGAUGUGGCUAUCAUGUGGUCAUAGGAAGUAGAAAUCCUAAAUUUGCUUCUGAAUUUUUUCCUCAUGUGGUAGAUGUCACUCAUCAUGAAGAUGUUCUAACAAAAACAAAUAUAAUAUUUGUUGCUAUACAUAGAGAACAUUACACCUCCCUGUGGGACCUGAGACAUCUGCUCGUGGGUAAAAUCCUGAUUGAUGUGAGCAAUAACAUGAGGGUAAACCAAUAUCCAGAGUCCAAUGCUGAAUAUUUGGCUUCCUUAUUCCCGGAUUCACUGGUUGUCAAAGGAUUUAACGUUAUCUCAGCCUGGGCACUUCAGUUAGGGCCAAAGGAUGCCAGCCGGCAGGUUUAUAUUUGCAGCAACAAUAUUCAAGCUCGACAACAGGUUGUGGAACUUGCCCGGCAGUUGAAUUUUACUCCCGUGGACGUGGGAUCAUUAGCAUCAGCCAGGGAGAUUGAAAAUUUACCCCUGCAACUCUUUACUCUCUGGAGAGGGCCAGUCGUGGUAGCCAUAAGCCUGGCUACGUUUUUCUUUCUUUAUUCCUUUGUCAGAGAUGUGAUACAUCCCUAUGCUAGAAACCAGCAGAGUGACUUUUACAAGAUUCCCAUUGAGAUUGUGAAUAAAACCUUGCCCAUAGUUGCCAUUACUUUGCUGUCCCUGGUGUACCUAGCAGGUCUCCUGGCAGCUGCUUAUCAACUUUAUUACGGCACCAAGUAUAGGAGGUUUCCACCUUGGUUGGAGACCUGGUUGCAGUGUAGAAAACAGCUUGGAUUACUAAGUUUUUUCUUCACUUCGGUCCAUGUUGCCUAUAGCCUCUGCUUACCAAUGAGAAGAUCAGAGCGAUACUUGUUUCUCAACAUGGCUUAUCAGCAGGUUCAUGCAGACAUUAAAAACUCUUGGAACGAGGAAGAAGUUUGGAGAAUUGAAAUGUAUAUCUCCUUUGGCAUAAUGAGCCUGGGCUUACUGUCCCUCCUGGCAGUCACCUCCAUCCCUUCAGUGAGCAAUGCUUUAAACUGGAGGGAAUUCAGUUUUAUUCAGUCUACUCUUGGCUAUGUCGCUCUGCUCAUAAGCACUUUCCAUGUUUUAAUUUAUGGAUGGAAACGAGCUUUUGAAGGAGAGUACUACAGGUUUUACACACCACCAAACUUUGUUCUCGCUCUUGUUUUGCCAUCAAUUGUAAUUCUGGGUAAGAGCAUUUUACUUCUUCCAUGUCUAAGCCAAAAGCUAAAGAGAAUUAAAAAGGGCUGGGAAAAGAGCCAGUUUCCAGAAGAAGGUGUUGGAGGAGCAGUUCCUCAUUUCUCACCAGAAAGGGUCACAGUCAUGUGAUGAUAAAUGGUGCUCGCUGAUGCCAUAAGACUUCCUACUCAUGCCAUUACUUGUAUGACUUCCUGUGUGUUCAGUCGCCAGUGUGCUGUCAAAUUGCUAUGGGCUGAAACUUGUUCAAUGUGAUCUCAGCCAAAUAGUGGUAGAAUUUUCUUCAAAUUCAUGUUCACAAAUGUCAUUUUUUGUCAAUAUAGAUUUUUGUAGUUGACUUAUUGUUAAAAUGUAGGUGUUUUUGUUGUUGUUUUGCACAACUGUGACAUUACUAUUAUUUUAACAAACUGUAUUCCACAGUCAGGCAAAAAUAUUUAUAGUUAAUAAUAUAGAUUACAAUAUAAUGUUAAAAACUCUUUGCAAACCAGCAGAAUUUUAAGUUUUAAUAUAAUUCAAUAGAUAAGUUGUUUUCUGAAGCUCAAGGUUUUAAUUAUUAUCCAGUGUAAGAAUUAGAAAUGCAUAAUCAUAUAUUUUUUUAAGAAAGGAUGUAUUACAUUAGCAUCUAGGUAAGAGUACAUGAUUAUAUUCCUAUAUUUCUCUCAUAAGAUAGGAUUUGAAGAAUGUCAUUGAUUUUGUGAAUUGAUGUGAUUAUGUGAACAAACACAAAACUGAAAAGACAAAUUGAACCUGAAAUUAUAUUUAAAAAUGCAUUGAAGAUAUGAAAGAUAUACUGGUAAUGUGUACUCCAUGAAAGAUUUUCUCCCUUACCUUGUUACAAAGCAGUUCCAUUUGAAUAUGUUGUCAGGGAGAAGACUGGAAUUGUUGGCCUCCAAAACUGAUUUUGCUAAUAUAGUACCAAUCCUGGAAAUCGUAUAAUUGUUUCUAGUUAAAGGGAAAAUAUUAGUUAUACACACAGGUAGCUGUUUGUCAACCGAUCUAUGUUGUUGCACCUUAGCCAAUCAUCACACUCUAUGGUGCAGGAUUUUACGGAAGUUCAUUGAGGGAUUCUAACAUGCCAUGUACUGUUGUUCUAAGCACUUGUAUUAUCCCAUUUAAUACUUAAAACAGUCCUGUGACAGGGGUAGCUAUCAUUCUCAUUCUACAUAUGAGAAAACUGAAGAAAAAAAGUUAAGUAAUUUGCCCAAGGUCAUGGAGUUAGUGGCAGAGCCAGCAUUGAAGCCCCAGCAGUCAUAUUUCAGAGGCUGUGAUUUUAACCACUAGGCUGAAUGGCCCCUGCUCCAUCUCUGUGCAUUGCAUUCAUAAUGCCCAUCUUUCUGCUUCCUCUUUUGUAUAAAGGCAUUGACAUCCUUGAGAGUGAGUUGUGGUUCUCGAAUUGUGAUACAAUCCACAGUUCUUACCUUGAGGGAGGAUCUUGCCUGGGACGUGACCCAGGAGACCCAUGGCAGUCCGUACGCCUCCCAAUACCGUGAGGGACUCCAGCAGAGAUAGGGCCAUGGCAAUUUUAAUAAAUGGCUGAGGUCCUACAGAAUCUUAAAAAGUCCCUGUAGGUUGGUCAUCUCCUUUUCUCUUCUUGAGAAGUCCUCCUGCCUGCUCAACCAUUCACUGGGGAGCAGUUUGCAAGCUUGAAGGAUAUUAGGGGACGUGGUCAAUUAUAAAUCUACUCUGGAGAUAUAUAAUCAUACAAAUUAUUCAUAAAAAUUUUCAGUGCUGACAUUCCACAUUAAAAUGUCAUUUUAUUCAGACUUUGGUUAGAAUGGCCUACAUUUUCCCCCAUAUGCUCUCUCUUAUUAAAAUAAAAAAUUGCAGACAAGAUACAAUUAUACGCACUUCUCUGGAAUUAUAAUAUUUCUAAACGUACCCUCUGAGGACUACUGAAUCCAGCUGCCAAAAAUCAAAGGGCAUUUACUGAGUGGAGGCUGCCUUUCCCACCAAUGGCUUUUUCCCUACUGUGCAUUAUGCCAGUUUGGUAAAUCACUCAUGAUUCUCUGAUGUUCUCUUCUUGGUGAAGUUUAAUGUCUUUUACUUUUUAAUUGAGCUCUCCAUUUUCUUUAUUUUAAUUAUAGUAUUCCCCUCUUGAUAAUUACUUGUUAGUUCUUAGUAGGAAUUCAAUUGGGUGAUAACUUUUAAAGGUAAACACUCAUAAACUACUGUAGUGGACUAGUGAAAUUAGCAUAUUUUCAAUACUUUCUUGUUCCUUAAGUUUCACUGUCUUAAGACCAUAUGUUCACCAUUUCAUGUGAAAAUACAAUUAAAUAUUCUUAAAAGUUAGAUGACUAUGGAAGUAUAUUGUUGCACAUAUAUAUUGAGUAGCCAAUGUAUUAUAAAUAAAAUGAUUACUCUUAGAGAUAAAUGGGGACUUUGGAAAUAUGAAAAAACAGUUUAUAAAAAAAUAUAUAUAAGAUGUAACUUGUUUCAAAUGGUAUCUCCUUUUCUCCUUUACAACGAUAAAGUUAGUUUUGAAGUUUUAGAAUAAAGGUAGUAUAUUAUAACUCUAAAUAUUUCAAAGCUUUUCUAAAAUGCAAAAACAUUGACUUAGUUGUUUUAUUCAGUUGACAUUUAAUUGCUUUAUUUUACUAUUUCCUACCUGAUUUUCUUCAUCACUUUUUUUCAUAAUCACUUUUAUGAAAAAUCAUUACUCUGGCCUCAGAAGUAGGACUGAAUUCUGUUCUUGCUAGAUGUGAGAAAGUGGUGGGUACUUUAAAGUAAUAGGAAUUUGUUUUCUAAUCUGUACUUCGAGAAGUGCCCCUGAGAAAAAUUAUAAGAAUGUAGAAAACAUAUCCAGUCUUAAACUUAUGCAAAAAAUCAAGUAAUUUUUUCCUAAGAAGAAAAUAAUCCUGGACUGAUCAUGCUACUUAGCCUUUUUUGUGCAGAUGUCAUAUGUCUCCGCUAUUAAUAAUUUUUAAGAUCAUGUUUAAAUAAGAAUAUAUUCAUGCUAACAUAUAUUUUUCAAAGCAUUUAUAGAAAUUUAGCUGAGAUUGCCUAUGUGUAGAGAUUUUUAUUUAAAUUUUAAAAUAUUUUAAAGUAUGAAUAAAUUAUAUUUAUAGUAUUUAUCAGAGAUGAUUAUUUUGUGCUAUGUAUGGGAUUGGCUAAUGAGCUCCAGUGUUAAACUACCUGAUUAUUUUCUAGUAGAUUGGCAUAAUCCUGACUUGAUUAAGGAAUUUUACUUUUGAAAUUAAUUUGAUAAUAGUAGCAUAAGGUAUAUUCAUUCAUACAGUCAGAUUAUGAAAAUUAUUUGUGUAAAAGGGCUUAAAGAAUAAAUCAUAUCCAUAUUUUUGUAUUGUUUAUCUUCUAUGAAAUAUAAAACAUUAAUUCUUUUUAAUUGCCUUUUGCCAUUGAACUAUUUCAUAGUAAAUUCGGUUGAGAGUUCCUCCAAAAGAGGUUUAUUUGUGAAUUUUAAGGUUUCUUAAUGAGACAUUUUAAAUAAAGGACCAUAAAUUAUAUUCAUAAGUAUUUCUUUAGGAAUAAUAUAAACACUGAACCCGUGUCAGUCUAUAAAAUCUGUUUUGAAAUAAGUAAACAGCCUAAAAUGUUAUUGAAAUUAUUUUGUAAACUCAUGACUUAGAGCAGUGCCAAUGUAUUACAAAUAAUACACCGUGGUCCAGGGUUAAGAUUAAUAUCUGUGAUGUGUCAUCUAGAAAAGGAGAUGCUCCACCUUCAAUUGUUCAUAAGUCAGUACGUCAGUAAAACACAUUCUGAUGUGUAUUCAGUCUAUGUAACGGCUCUAAAUGGAACUGUAAUAAUUUUAGUGGAAACACAAUCUGUUUUACCUUUGAACAGUGAAUUUUACAGGAAUGAAAAGUUCUUCAAUUUCUUUAAUGUGAAAAAUUGUAAAGUGCUAAUAUUCAGAAAUUCUGCCCAUAUGAUACCAAAACAAUGCUUAGUUCAGCCUAACACAUAUGCAUACUGAGAUUUUUGCUUUCCAAAUCAUUGGGUUUUCAUACAUGCAGCCAUUCAAAAUUAGGGCAGACUAUAUGGAUAGUCCCAGUGACUAGCCUGGCUAAGUUAAAUCACCAAAGCAGGGGCUUUUGUAUGAUUUCCAUAAUGUCAACUUCUAGGAAAUAUUUUCUCAACAUUUUCUUUAAAGGUUUUACAUAGUGUUUCAGAUAUCCUACUGAACAGGGACUACAUAGUUACCCUGCUUCUUUAAAAGCUGCUGUCUGUCAAAUUCCUCCACUGCCCUUGCAGUUGGUGGUCCCAUGUGACUAUGUGUUGUCCAGAGAGAUGUAUGGGGAAUGUAUGAGUGACUUCCUGGAAGGGGCUUCCAGCAUGUGUUCUUUAUCUUAUUCCUCCGUCUUGCUGCGGGAAUUCUGGAAAUAACAGGAGCCUUGACAAAUCCAAGAGUACCAAGGCCACACCCUAAGGAAGGCACGUUGGAGACUAGAAAGAUCUUGACUACUACAUUACUUGGAUUGCCCUUUCCAGUAUUUAAGCCAUUGUAAACUUGGGUUUCUUUAUAUGAAGUCAAAAUCAACCCAUUCCAGCCUUCAGUUUUUUGUCAGGAUACCGUUCAACACUGUUUGAAUAAACUAGAAUGCAAUAAUUCUUACCUUUAAAAGUUUUUAAAGGAAAAUGUGCAGUUCAUGUUAGAAUCGGUUUUCCAUUGUUAAUUAAUUAUACUCAUCUUCUUGUCUUGAUCUUUGAUUAAAUAUUUUGUAUCCGCUUAGAAAAUAGUCUUCUUUAUAACUGUGUAAUAGAUAUUUGCUAAAACUCUGUAAUCACCCAAUUAUUGCUAUCAAAUUAUAUGCUAUGUUUUUAUAUCACUCUCAUAGAUCUGCCUUAUAAACCCCUAAAUAAAAGUACUAUUUAAUGUGUUUUAA